CAAAGAACUAGGCCUUCAAGUUCCUCCACGAUGCCGUGAGAAAGUAAAAGAUUCAGCAAACAAAUCUUCCCUUCAAAGAAUUGCAAAGAAAACCAGUCAACUCCUCCAAGCAAUACACUUCCUCCAUGUAAACUGAUUUCCAACUCAAUCGUUAAAUCAGAAGGGUUUUGUUGAUGAUUUGCAGCAGUUCAAAUUACGCUUUUAAUUGGAGGAAGAGAGAGAAGAAUGGCGAAAGCUGGAGGAAUCACAAAUGCAGUGAACGUAGGGAUUGCAGUGCAAGCAGAUUGGGAAAAUCGGGAGUUCAUUUCUCAUAUCUCCCUCAACAUUCAUCGUCUUUUCGAUUUCCUUGUCCAAUUUGAGGCUACAACAAAGAGUAAAUUGUCAGCACUGAAUGAGAAGCUUGAUACACUAGAGCGGCGUCUUGAACUGCUUGAAGUCCAAGUGAGUACUGCGUCAGCUAACCCUUCUGUUUUCAAGUGAUAUGCUUAGAUAUUGUAUUAAUCUAGGAAAGACUACUUAUUGUAAUGCCUACUCAGCUCUUACGAUUGCUGGAUAGAUGUAAAACAUUAUAUCCUUGUAUCUUCCCUGCUAUAAAUUCUAAUUAGGCUUGAUAAAUACCUUAAUGUUCGAUAUGUUCUGUAAAAUCAAAAUUUCUCUCCUCA